AUGGCAGGUUUAGAACAAUCUCUAUUCCAGCUUAAAUUCACAGCAAAGCAACUCAACAGACAGGCCACGAAAGCAGCCAAGGAGGAGACUCAAGAACGGGCCAAGAUUAAAAAGGCCUUGCUGCAAGGAAACAACGACAUUGCCCAACUAUAUGCCCAGAACGCCAUUCGCAAGUCCAACGAGCGAGUCAACUUGCUCCGGCUUUCAUCGCGGAUCGAUGCCGUGGCUUCACGCGUGCAGACCGCGGUUACGAUGCGCAGCGUCACUGGCAACAUGACCCAGGUUAUCCGGGGCAUGGACAAGGCGUUGCAAACGAUGAAUCUCGAACGAAUAAGCUUGGUUAUGGAUAAAUUCGAAACUCAAUUUGAGGAUUUGGACUCGGCUACGAAUUACUAUGAGACUACUACGAAUAACGUCAAUGCCAUGACUACCCCGCAGGACCAAGUUGAUGAAUUGUUGAACCAAGUUGCUGACGAGGCUGGCAUUGAAAUGAAGCAAGGGUUGAAUGCUGCUCAAGUUGAUAUUCAGGCCCCCGUUAGCACGUCCAUUAGUGAGGAGAAAGAGGAUAGAUUGGCUGAAAGGUUGAGAGCCUUGAGAAAUUAG